AUGAGAAGGAAGGUGUUGCUAGAUGGACAAUGUGAAGUAUGUCAUACAGAUGUAGAGUCAUUGAGCCAUAUUUUCUGGGAUUGUGCCUUUGUUCAUGAAGUUUGGGAUGUGUCGAAGCUGUUUCCAUCAAACUCGCGGGUCCACUUUCAUUCUUUUAUGGAUAUGUUGUGGUAUGGGGUUAUGGAAGCCGAUUGGGAGCAGACCAAGAUUGAACGGAUUGUUAUGGUGGCUUGGGCAAUUUGGAAUAAUUGGAAUAAGAUCAGAGUUGGGGGUACCAAGAAAUCAAGUCAACAGGUGGUUUAUAGUGCGUUGGAUUUUUUGGCAAAAUUCCAAGAAGGUGUUUGCGCUGCCUCUGUACCGAGCUCAAGUAACCAAACUCACUAG